CCAUCUUUUUGAAAAACACACAGAAAUGCCUUCAAAAGACUUGGUUGAGCUUAGUUGAAAAACAAAGAAGACAAUCAUGGAACCAACCCACAAGAAAACAUACCAUAGUGAUGGCAGAUCUUCCUUUUCUUCUUCAUCUGCUGUCAACAAGAACAAUUGCUAUACUAAAACUAAUCACCAAAAACCGAUGGCGGAUCCUCUAGUCUUGUAUCUGAAGUCUCCCACACUCUCUAUCAAUGCAGCCAACGAUUCCUCUCCCCAUGACAAAACCCAAGACUCGAAACCCAGCAGCAAAAUAUCUACCAUGGAAAAACUUGUACAGAUCAAACAGGAAAUAAAAGAGAAGGUGAAAAACCAACAAAUGGAAGGAGGAGGAGAAAGGGAUAUAGAAGAGCCAAUAAAGCGUCUUUCAAUUAGCAGCGGAGAUGGAGCGGGUGUUGUGAGGAAGACGGAAGUAAAAGUAUCAUCACUAAACCGAUUUUCACAGAUGGAGUUGGAUGAGUUCUUCUCCAGGCUUGGUGCACGGAUUCUGGCAUUAGAUAUGCCUCCGUUUAUGCAGAUCCAGGCUGUUGGUCACGCUCGUAAUGCUUACAAUGGACGAGACAAGUUUUCUUCACGGGCUCUUGCUUCUACCCUCAAGAAGGAAUUUGAUGAAGAUUAUGGAGCAGCAUGGCAUUUUAUAGUUGGAACAAGUUUUGGGUCAUUUGUAACUCACUCCGUUGGAGGUUUUUUGUACUUCUCAUUAGAUUAUUGUAGUACUGGUAGUCAUCCUCAUAACCCAAAAAGUCAUCAUAAGAAGAAGAUGUACAUACUCAUGUUCAAGACUAGUGUGCAAAAGUCUUCUGCUAAUUGAUCAAAACAAAUGGAAUGGGUCUCUUGUCUUGUGAGAGGCAUUUUUACCUGAUUCCUUGUGUAACACAACCAUUUCAGCUAUCAUCCAUGGCAGUUGUCAUCAUGGUCUUUAACUCUGAAUUGACCCUUCAAUUCAGAAAACUCAUCAGUGAUAUGGACUAUGAGUAUGUUUUACUAGGCGAUUGUAGUUUUUUAC